AGGCCAUACUUCCAAUGGCGACCGAAAACUGGCUGAACAGAAAGCGGGAGCAAUUGUGCAGGGGGUCCGAACCGUACAAUUGAAAUUUAAUAAAUAUAUCAGCGGCUAACUACACCUAAAGUUAGUUUCAAAUUAGAAUAUUCGCCGAGCUAUGGCCGAUACGAGGGACAAAGGCGGGAAUAUUUCGCUCCUUGAGUCGGAGCUCUAUUACCUUAUCUCUCGUUUUCUGACUACCGGACCCUGUCGGAGAGCGGCCGAGGUCCUGGUGAGAGAGCUGGAGCAGUACCAGCUCCUUCCACGCAGAUUGGACUGGCAGGGAAACGAACACCCCCGAUCUUAUGAAGACUUGAAUGCCGCCAGCAGACAUAUUGCACCAGACCACUUGCUGCAGAUAUGCAAGCAGAUCGGUCCAAUUCUGGACAAGGAGGUGCCAUCUGGUGUGCCAGGAGUGCAUUCCCUUUUGGGGACAGGGAGACACUCCCUGCUUCGCACAGCGAAGGACUGUGGCAGCAGUCAGUGGAAAAGCACGUCCUACGCUGCGCUUCACAGAGGGAGACCGCCGGAGAGACCCCCGAGCUGUAGGAAUGCCCCCAACCUGGUUGAGGUGUUCCGAGGCAGAGAGCUGACAGGUACUCAGCGGUUCAGCUUUGUUCACCCUGUCAGCACUUACCAGCACAUGCGCAUGCACCGGAGGAUUCUGGGACACCUCUCCGCCGUGUACUGUAUCACCUUCGACCGGACCGGCUCCAGGAUCUUUACGGGUUCAGACGAUGCUUUAGUGAAGAUAUGGUCGUCUUUCGACGGGAGACUCCACUCCACUCUCAGAGGCCAUCACGCCGAGAUAUCUGACCUGGCUGUCAACUUCGAGAACACGCUCAUCGCAGCCGGGAGUUGCGACAAAACCAUCCGAGUGUGGUGCCUGAGGACCUGUGCCCCCGUGGCCGUCCUGCAGGGACACAGCGGCUCCAUCACUUCUCUACAGUUCUCGCCGUUUGCCAAGGGCUCAAAGCGAUACGUGGUAUCCACGGGAACUGACGCAACCGUGUGCUUCUGGCAGUGGGAUGUAAAUAAUACCAGUUUCAGUGAUCGGCCGCAGAAGUUCACAGAAAGGCCGCGACCUGGAGUUCAGAUGGUCUGCUCUUCGUUCAGCCCUGGCGGUAUGUUUCUGGCCACCGGAAGCACGGAUGAUGUAAUCAGGAUUUACUACCUGGGCAGCGGCUGUGCGGAGAAGAUAGCAGAGCUGGACUCCCACACGGACAAGGUGGACAGCAUCCAGUUUAGCAACACAGGAGAGAGGUUCGUGAGCGGGAGCCGCGAUGGCACGGCUCGUAUCUGGGGGCUUCAUCAGAGACAUCAGUGGAGAAGCAUCUUACUGGACAUGUCUGCGCGUCUGGCUGGGUCUGGGUCCACCACGGAGGAAGAGAGCUUCUUCAAACCCAAGGUCACCAUGGUGUCGUGGGAUCGCCAUGACAACACAGUCAUCACUGCCGUCAACAAUCACCUUCUCAAAGUGUGGAAUUCCUACACAGGGCAGCUGCUUCAUGUGCUGAAGGGGCAUGAGGCGGAGGUGUUUGUUCUGGAGCCACACCCGUACGACCCGCGGAUCAUGCUGUCUGCCGGCCACGAUGGCAACGUCUUCAUAUGGGACCUCGUGAGGGGCACCAAGACUCAGCAUUACUUCAACAUGAUCGAAGGCCAGGGUCACGGCGCCGUGUUUGACUGCAAGUUCACCCCCGACGGGCAUCGGUUCGCCUGCACGGACUCGCAUGGCCACCUGCUGAUUUUUGGCUUUGGGAGCUCCAAGCCCUACGAAAAGCUUCCAGAUCAGGUGUUCUUCCACACGGACUACCGGCCGCUGAUCAGGGACUCCAAUGGCUUCGUCUUGGACGAGCAAACGCAGCAGGCUCCCCAUCUCAUGCCUCCGCCCUUCCUCGUGGACGUGGACGGGAACCCUCACCCGCCCCGCUUCCAGAGGCUCGUCCCGGGAAGGGAGAACUCUGCAGACGAGCACCUGGUCCCUCAGCUCGGCUACGUCGCCACCAGUGACGGGGAGGUGGUGGAGCAGGUGAUCAGCCAGCAGCCGGCCGAUGGCGACGAGCUUCCCCCCCGCCACAGUGCCCUGGACCAGGCCAUACGACAGCUCCAGGAGCAGCAGGACCGGCAGGGCGCGGGACAGGUCGCCGCCCCCGUGCCUGGAACGCCCAGGAGAGUGUCACUCAGCGAGCGCAUGGAGGUACAGUCGCCUCCUAAUGUCGGCCUGCGGCGUAGCGGGCAGGUGGAGGGCGUGCGACAGAUGCACCAGAACGCGCCCCGCAGCCAGAUGGCCACGGAGCGGGACCUGCAGGCGUGGCGACGCAGGGUGGUGGUGCCUGGGCUGAGCCCCAGCACGUACAGAUAUCAGGACUCCUUCCGGAUUGCUAAAGGAGAGGAGGAGAUCGCCCUCUACAGCGCCAAGAAACGCAGAGUUCCCCACAGCACCUUCAGGGACGACUCAGACGACGAGGGUUUGUGCGUGAAGCGUGCGGCCGUUCGCAAGCGCCACAGGAACGUGGAGAGCAGAGACAGCCUUGUGGAGGAGCUCAUCGAGUUCUCCUGUGAGGAGGGGGAGGAGACCGCCUCGUCCGAGGACAAUGAAAUGGAAGGUAGCGAGACAGACUCAUCGAAUGAGGAAGACGAAGAAGAGUGGACUAGCUCAAGCCACUCAUCCAGUGAUGAAGCCUCAGAUUGGAUGGCUGAUGCUGGGAUUAGCAUGCACCCGCCCAUGUCGUCCCGGCGACGUGCUCGCAGGCAAAUCAGCAGCUCUGAUGAAGACGAGGAGGAGGAGGAGGACCAAACCAUGGAGGAGGAGCAAACGGAGCAAAUGCUUGAUGAUGAAACGCAGUUAUUGUCACCUCAGAAGCAGAAGAAGAAGGCAAAAAGCAAAACCCCAAAGUGCCUGACACUGAACAGAGAGGUGUCCAACGAGUUCCGGCCCUCAGCCUGGAUUACGGACGUUUUUCCACGGAAGUCUCCCUUCGUCCCACAGAUGGGAGAUGAGGUUAUCUAUUUUCGCCAGGGCCACGAGGCAUAUGUGGAAGCCGUGAGGAGGUGUGACCUUUACCCCAUCAACAUGGACAAGCAGCCGUGGAGACGCAUGGAGCUUCGAGACCAAGAGUUCGUUAAGAUAACGGGGAUCAAGUAUGAGGUGUGUCCUCCAACCCUGUGCUGUCUGAAGCUGACACUGAUAGACCCCGGAACAGGCAAAAUAACGGACAAGUCCUUCUCUGUGAAGUACCACGAUAUGCCGGAUGUGAUCGACUUCCUUGUUCUCCGUCAGAGCUACGAUGAAGCCCACAGCCGGGUUUGGAGGACAAAUGAUCGCUUCCGCUCUGUAAUCGAUGAUGCCUGGUGGUUUGGGUCUGUGGUCUGCCAGGAGCCAUAUCAGCCUGAGUAUCCUGACAGCCAUUUCCAGUGUUUUAAAGUCAGGUGGGACAAUGGAGAGACAGAGAAGCUUAGUCCGUGGGAUAUAGAGGCGAUUCCAGAAAAUGCCCAGCAGCCGGAGUUGGUUGGUGCAGGCGUUGCCGUCACAGAGGAGGAGAUGGCCUACAUCCUCUACAAGCCGCAAGAGGACGAGUGGAGUGGGCGGAGCAGAGAGGAAGAGUGCGCGCGCAUCAUAGCAGGCAUAGACCAACUCAUCACAGUGGAUAUAGCAGCGCCCUUCUCUGGCCCAGUGGACCUACUUCAGUACCCCACCUACUGCACCAUAGUUGCCUACCCCACGGACCUGGGCACCAUCCGCAUGAGGCUCAGACACAACUUUUAUAGGAGGGUUUCCGCACUGAUCUGGGACACGCGGUACAUUUUCCUCAACGCAAAGACCUUUAACGAGCCCCGCAGUAAGAUUGCCCAGUCAGCCAAACUGAUAACGGACGUCCUCCUAAAGUUUAUUAGCAAACCACACUGUAGGGAUAUAAUGGAGAUCUACAAUGCAGUCGAGAACAUGGAGUAUACAGAGGACGAGGACCUAGAUGAUGGAGAUGCUCCAGGCACAUCUGCAGGACGCCGGUCGCACCAGGUAGCGUUCCACAUUCCUAAACGGACGCGCCAGGUAGCAGCAGGAGAGGCGAGUGCUGAUCGGGACGCCUGGAAGUUUGCGUGUAAACAGCUGCUAGACUACAUGCUGGAGUGUGAGGACUCGGAGCCCUUCCGUCAGCCUGUGGACCAGAACGAGUAUCCGGACUACCUGGACAUCAUAGACACUCCGAUGGAUCUCGGAACCAUUCGACGAACCCUUGAAGAGGACCGCUAUGAAAACCCCACCCACUUAUGCAAAGACACCAGGCUUAUAUUUGCUAACGCAAAAGCGUACACGCCCAACAAACGCUCGAAGAUCUACAGUAUGACCCUGCGGCUGUCGGCGUUCUUCGAGGAGCGCAUCCGGAAAAUCAUCUCGGACUACAAGACGGCGCAGAAGUGCAGCUCCAGGCUGCGGCGUAGCACGCGCUUCCGGAAGCACCUCCAACAGCAGGAGGGCGCCAUCCAGCUCCCCAGCCUGGAGGUCACGAGUCAGAAGAGGGCAGGCACGAAAACUCAGGAACACAGUGAACCCAAACCUACCUCAGCCAAAGUGUCCGCUCCAGAGCGCCGAAGCAGGAAGGGCCACCGCCAUAGCGCCAGCCGCUCCUCGGCACACCACCAAGACUACGGUCAGAGUGCCACGUCAGCUACAUCAGAAUCGGAGAGUGACGGUGAGAGAGGCCCGUCGUCUUCGCACCGCUUCAGACGGGAGACGAGGGCCGCGAGGAGGGCCCUGCAAGGGUGGGACGUCCAGGUCCAGAAUGUCUCUGGGGACAGGAGUGAAGACGACGAUGACGACGGCUGUUCCAGCGGAGACCGUGUUGCAGAGCGUUCUGGGAAAUCCAGCUCUUUGAAGCGACUUCACUCAAGCAGGAGCUGCUCUAUUCGAGUGACUAGGAGCUCUGCCCCAGACAGAAGAAAGCCAGAGGGCGGUGCUCAGGUGAAUGGGCUCGGCAGGUCACCGCGGCGGAGAGUGCAAGACAGCAGUGUCUCAGACGGCAGUGACGACGCGGACUCAUGUGCAGGCCGCAGGCCCAGGAGAACUGCCGUGGCUGCCGUCAGCAGGAUGAAGCUGAUGGACGCGUCCGAGGAGGAUGAGGAGGACGUGUGGGGCCGGGAGGGUCCAGGGAGCGGCAGGCCGGCGGCCCGCGCUACAAAACGCUCCGCUGCUGUCCUCCAGAGCAGCUCUGACUCCGAGGAACACCACAGCCAGGAGUCUAAUGAGAGUGAAGCUUCAGCCAGUGAGGAGCAACAGAGUGAGGCCAGUACGGACAGCUCCGCCUCCCCUUCACCUCCCAACGGAGAGCGCGUGAGAACUGGUCGCAGAGCAGCUAGACGGACAUUACUAAAACAAGAUGAUUCACCACACGUCAAUGGGAACAGCAAAGGUCGAGAGCAGGGAGAAGAGAAUGCAGAUGAAAGCAGUGAGGAGGAAGAAGAGGAGGAAGAAGAGGAGGAAGAAGAGGAGGAAGAAGAGGAGGAGGAGGAGGAGGAGGAAGAUGACGACUCCAUUAGCAGACGGAAGCCUAUCAGGAAGACAGCAAGAGCGGCCAUCAAUAAAAUAAAACACUUUAACGACAGCGACAUGGGAGAAGAGGAGGAGGUCUCCAGAUCCCGGCGACCCAGAAACCUUCCCAGCAAACAGGAGGCCUACAGAAGCUCCGAUGAGGAACCAGAGACUCCCAAGGCUGAGAAGUACCUUCAUCAAAACGGUCGGAAAUUGAGCGCGUGGGACCUUGAACCUUCGCAAAAUGCAAGUAAGACAAGUUUGAGGAACCAAGAACAAGCCCGCAGCAUCUCCAAGUCAGGGGCGCGUUCAGGGGUGCCAGAGGUCACAGAAGGACGUGGUACAUCCGCGUGGUCCAGGGCUCCACGGAAGAGACUCAAAGUCAAAUCUGAGGAAGAGGAGAGCCAGAGCAGCACCGGAGAGGAGGAAACCAGCAGAACCGAGCCCAGAAUUGCUGAGCAGGCCAAGCGCCUGGAUGGCGAGUCCAACAGUUCCGACUCUGAGAGUGAAGAGGUGCCAAGCCGCAGACGGAAGAAAAGGACAGAGAUUUCCUCUGAGGAAUGGCAGCAGAGCGAAGACUCAGAGAAGGAGAUGCCAUUUCCCCAGAGACGGCCAACCAUGCGGGCCCACGCAAAGAAGAAGUACAUCACGGACUCUGAGGAGGACGUGAAUUCUGAGGGACGGAGCCGGCCAAGGCGCGGAACUGGCAGUGCCGGCGCAGUUAGAGACGCCACCAACCGGCGUGCAAAAGCCGAAAGCUGCUCCUUCAAAAGGAAACGGAUCAGAACUUCAGAGUCUGAAGACGCGGGAGUGGGUUCGAGGACCAGGGACGAAAGCAAGUGUAGGACCCGCCCGGGAAGAAGAGGGCAAAGGUCAAAGCACUUCAGGAGAGGCUCGGACAGCAACUCUGGCGGUGGUAAGCAAGCGGAGAACGGACCGUCGCAGGAGCGUUCAAGAGCGGCCGGCUGCAGAGCAAAACGGAGAAACGUGCGGCGGGCCUGCAGCGGGAGCAGCAGCGCGAGCCGCUCCGAGAGCCCAGACGAGUCCAGCAGCGAGCCGCGCUUCUCCAGCUCGGACUCUCGCAGCCGUCCAAAGAGACCGGCGAGGGGGAUCACCCGAGGGUCCGCACGCCAUGACAGGAGUGCCACACCAGACAGCGACGCCUCCUACGGCAAGCCUGUCCGAGCCACACACAUUCGAACCAGGAAUCUGGGCAAACGGACGGUGAACUACCGAGACAGUGAGUGAAGGAGUAGUGGACGUCCUCGCCAUUUAAGAGACACUAACUGGAGACCUCGAAGACACUUGAUUGUCCAAAAAAGGAAAGAAAAAAUGAGAGGAGAAAGAGUAGCAGCACUGGAGAAUAAAUACUGUGAAUCACGUUCAGGGAUAUUUAUAGCUUCUCUUAUAAAGAAGAUUUAUGUGAAGAUAAAACUACUGCUCAAAUCAGCCCCGUUCUGUCUGUGGUUUGGCCAACAGGAGUGACCUGCCUGGUUGGGUGCUAUCUUGCCAUACCUCCUGCUUAGACGAGCGUAUUUUGCUGGCUUGCACUAAUCGGCACACUGUAAUGAGGUAUUUCACACUAGUUCUGCAUUAGAAACUCAGGGGUCAACUACGUUUACCAUUUUCACGGACUUGCAGAAUUUGUUUUGUUUUUGAUUGUUGAGAUCAAGGCUGGCGCCCCGGCGGGGAGGGGUGUCCUGUGUUCCCUUCAGCAUUUGGUUUUUUUUUUUCCCCUCGGUUUAACACUCCUUUCAAAAGCCACGUGGGUUCUGUGUUGUACUUGUGAAGGGGGUUUGUGAGCCGAUAUGUACAAAGUCCCUUUCCGCCCGCUUUCUCUGAGUUGAGGGUGUUUAUACGGCGUAGGAUUUUGUUUUCUUUCCAGAGUUUUCUGAGAAUCCCUUUGUAGCAAAGCUUUGCAUAUUUGAAGUUCUCUUGAGCAUUAUUUUGUAUUCAAUUCAAAUGCGUUGUCUUGCCAUAGAGUAUAAAUUGGUACGUAUUUGCUAAGUACAGGAAAUCAAAUCAGUACUUGAUUUCAAAUACUGAGAUUUCUCAUAUUGGGAAGACGUUUUAGUGACCUGUUAUGUCCUUUCAGUAUUAAUUCUUUUUUUUUUUUUUUUUUUUUUUUUUUUGACUUAACUUAUGAACAGUUAAUAACUUUUGUACCCAGUUGAUUGACUUUAGUAGUGUUGGAGUUUAUGAAUUACGGAUGUUGUGACAUUUUUUCUUAAUGUCUUUUGCAUAAAGCCAACUCUUUAACACAGGUUUCAGGAGGCCAGCUGGACAGGUGGCUGAGUAAGGUGAAUAAAAUAGCCUACUGUUUAAA